AGCGACCCUCUAUCCAUGCCAAGAAGAAGAGAGUACAUGGUGUUUUCCUGGGUGGAUGGCCUACUCUGGAUCUAACCUGUCAAAACUGCAUUGAAACGAGAGCAACGUGGGAUAAAGUUAGUGAAAUGUGCUGUGCGGAUUUGAACCUGUGACUGAGACUUGAACAGGCCCAAAAGAGAAAUCCACUGUUCCCCUCCCUGACCUCCUGUUCCUGACCCUCUCUGAAACACAUCUUUCACCAUGAAUGAAGUUAAUAUAGUCAGAGAGGGCUGGCUCCACAAAAGAGGUGAAUAUAUCAAAACAUGGAGGCCCAGGUAUUUUAUCUUGAAGAGUGAUGGUUCCUUUAUCGGCUACAAGGAGAAACCUGAUCUCAACGACCAGACCUCACCACCACUCAACAACUUUUCAGUGGCAGAAUGCCAGCUAAUGAAGACAGAAAGACCCCGGCCCAAUACAUUUGUCAUCCGUUGCCUACAGUGGACCACUGUUAUUGAACGAACCUUUCAUGUGGACAGCAACGAGGAGAGAGAGGAGUGGAUGCGAGCAAUCCAGUCUGUGGCUAAUAGUCUGAAGAUGCGAGAACAUGAAGAGGAGGAACCAAUGGAUGUGUUCGGCUCACCCAGCGAAAGCAGCCUGGAGGAGAUGGAGGUGGCAAUGUCCAAAAGCCACACAAAAGUGACAAUGAGUGACUUUGAGUACCUGAAGCUGCUUGGCAAAGGGACAUUUGGGAAGGUGAUUCUGGUCAAAGAGAAGUCCACCGGAGUACAUUAUGCCAUGAAAAUACUGCGCAAAGAGGUCAUAAUAGCCAAAGAUGAGGUGGCCCACACAGUUACAGAGAGCAGAGUGUUACAGAACACACGACACCCCUUCCUCACGACAUUGAAAUAUGCUUUCCAAACUCAUGAUCGGCUCUGUUUUGUAAUGGAAUAUGCCAACGGAGGCGAGCUCUUCUUCCACCUGUCACGGGAACGAGUGUUCACAGAAGACCGGGCACGUUUCUACGGUGCUGAGAUUGUGUCAGCGCUCGAAUACCUGCAUUCACGUGACGUUGUUUACCGUGAUCUGAAGCUGGAGAAUCUGAUGCUGGACAAAGAUGGCCACAUCAAAAUCACUGAUUUUGGUCUCUGUAAGGAGGGCAUUACUCCAGACGCAACCAUGAAAACCUUCUGUGGAACUCCUGAAUAUCUAGCUCCUGAGGUAAGGCUGUUGGGGUUAGGUGGAGGUCCCAAUGAUGCCAAAGAAGUAAUGAGUCACAAAUUUUUCAUCACCGUCAACUGGCAGGAUGUGGUACAGAGGAAGCUCACCCCACUCUUCAGACCACAAGUGACAUCAGAGACAGACACCAGGUACUUUGAUGAAGAGUUCACAGCGCAGACCAUCACGCUCACUCCUCCAGACAAGUACAACAGUCUGGACUGUGAGGAUCCCGGCCAGCAAGCACAUUUCCCCCAGUUUUCCUAUUCUGCUAGCAUAAGAGAGUGAUAGCAACUCUGAGAUAGACACACACAGACACACACAUUCGAACACACAAACGCAUACAAAAACACAAGAGGCAUGAACACCUUGGCCACAUCCCUUACAGCUAUAAAGGGACCAGAAACUCCAUCUAUAAUGAGGUUUUGGUCCCGGCAGGAUCUAAGUGCCUCAGCUGGCGGCCAUUUUGUUCGAUUAAAAACCCCCUCCAUGCACACUACAGAUAAAGCCUGGCCACACUGGCUGUACUGUAUCACACUGGACUUCAGUACCUCACGUAGUCAUCAGAACAACAACACAUCAGGACUCUGUCUGUAGCACCUUUGGGAUGGCCUAUAAACAACUGCUGCUGCUUUUCAGACUGUAAACACCAGUAAUUUUUAACGCUCUCCUUUUUAUGGUCUUAUGAGAAGCCAUAUAGUUCCUUCAUGACGUUUCAAAGUGCUCUUCUUUAGAACUAACUGUUACCACUGGUGAUAAGACAGGUUCGCAUAUGGGGGAGGAAGAAGCUUGGCAGUUUGUUGGGUGUUUUUCUGUUAGGUGCAUGUGUGGAUUUUUUUUGUUUGUUUGUUUGUUUGUGUGUGUUUGUUUCUUUUGUUUGUUGUUCAUUUGUUUGGUUUUGUUUUUUUGUUAUGUUUUGGGGUUUUUUUGGGGGGGGGGUGAGAAAAUGGGGGCAUCAAAUUUAAACUGUAUGCAAAUUUAUACAAGAGCAUGCAUCAGGAACAACAGGUGAAUUGAUAACACAUGAUGAUCAAAGUGUCUUCACAGAGAAAACCUUUGACAAAGUGAAACUUGAAGUUGGAAAGAGAGAGAGGCUGUCUUUGUAAAACUUUAUGCAAUGAAAAUAAAUCACUUGUAUAUUAGUUUGCUCUAACCUCAGACAGAUCUAUCAAGUGCGACGCAGCAAUUAAUAGGAAUUGGGAAUACCUUAAUGCACAGGUGUAUAUGUUAUUUAAACAAAGUUCUUUUUUAUUUUUAACACAUUUUUGAUCUUUCUUGAUCAGCAAAAUACACACCAGCCAUGUGAUUUAAGAGGCUAAAUAAGCACUUAGUGAUUUAAAGCAGAUCAAAUUUUUUAUCAGAUGGCCCAUGUUCAUAAUGUAGCUGAAUACUGCCUGGAUUGGUGUACAUGCUUUUUUUUUUUUUAAACACCUCACCAAAUUGUGUCUCUUAUAAAUAUAUAACAAAUAUCAAAAACUGUCAGAUACCAAAUUUAAUCAGAUAGUUUCAAACUUUGGCCAGUUUUAGAUUAUUUAAUUUCAACAACUUUCUUGAGUUUAGACAGCAUAAUUUACAUUUGAGAAAUCGGGAUUUGUCCCCCUUUUUUCUUUUUUCUUUUUUUUUGUUGAAUAAUAAACAAACGUACAAACACUCAAAGUAAGGAAUCACGAGAUCAAAGAGUAUAAUUUUGGUAUCUGUACUGAAACUCAGGUGUUAUAUCGGCACUACUAUUGAAAAAUUUGUAAGUAUAUCCUGCCUUAGCACCAACCUGAUCUUGUAGCACUUUGAAAGUACACGUUCAUAUUUGGAAUGUCAUCCUCACUUGGUAUUCAAAGCUAAUUCUGUAAUAUUUUCAAUUCACUCAUACCUAUGUUAUAUCUUAACUUUGUAGCCUUUGUAAGAACGCCAACUUUCCUCAAAUCGUAACUCACAAUCUUAUACUUAACUUGCUGGAGAUUUUACAAGUUUGAAGUUGGGGCUGACAGUUCACACAUUUUAACGGCCUCCUGGCCAUUGAGUAUUUGUCAUCUUUUUGUAAACUACUAUUCUUACAAUGCUCCAGUGUAUCCAAACUGCUGCUGCUUUUCAGACUUGAAUGUGCCACUAGAUUUGAUUGGACAAGUCUUAGCUGGAGAGCUUAAAAAAAAUCAUCCAGCGAGCUGUGUAUAUCACGAACAUGGUCCAUUGUGAGAUUUUGUGUAUUAGUGCAAUGUGGACUUGCAACGGUGUCUUUUUUUGUUGUUUUUAUUUUCAGCUCUUCCCAUCUAUUAAUAACAACAUUAAAUGGUAACCAGGAGGGGUGCACCAUUGAGAUUUGCAAUACUGGGUUUUAUUACGUACAUGAAAAUGCACCCAACAAUGUGUUGGUGCUACACUUUUGAAUUUCUCGUAAUAAAGAGCUGGUCCAGAAAACCUGCUCAACUUCCCAUUGCUCACGGAGCCUUCUACCACAUAUGUAUGCUGUUUUGAAAAAAUUUCCGUUAUUUUUGUUUUUGUCUUGUUUAUCUUCUAGUUUUACUUCUCAAUGUGCUGUUUUCCAUCAUCCUUCCUCUACCCUGAACCUACUUCACAGUUAGUCUCAAAUUAAGGAAAUUCAUAAUGGUUGAAAGAAAUGUAUGUGUUUUUCAGUUACAUUAUUCUAUUAAACAGUUCAUUUCUAUUUGUUUAUGAAUGUAAUUCUCAAAGACAAUGAUCCAAUACACCUUUUUAACUGUCUUAAUACA